GAAGAAGAAACUGUCAGAUGAGAACAGCUCAGCUCUUCACCACUCUCUCUCUCUCUCUCUCUCUCUCUCUCUGAGAUUUCAUCUCUGCCUCGCUCGCCCCUCUCGUUCAGAGGCUCUUCGUUCGCCCCGUGUUGCUCUGUGAUUAUGAGGAGAGAGAGAGAGAGAGAGGGUGUUAAUGUGAUGGAGCUGCUGCAGUUUCCCUCCGUCUGCUGCUGCUGUUUACACCACGGCAUCAUGGGAGCUGGAGUUUCCACGGCAGCACAGGAUGACAGUUGAUUGGCCCGAAGACUGAGGGACAUCACAGUGUGGACAUGUGAAGUGGCGGAUGGACGAGGACCAACUAACUCUCUCUCUCUCUGUUCAUCCCUCCUUUUCUUUACCUUCUUCAUCCCCCUCUCUCUCCUGCUAACUUCUACCACUCAGUGGAAAAGUCAGAAUGGGCUGUCGCUUCACACGUGUCAAGGACAAAACCCGUGAAUCUCCUCAUCACCGACACCGGGAGGAGCUGCACUACGUGGACGAGUACGGCCAGCCAAUCGUGAUGCAGGUAGAGGGGGGGAGGGGGCGUGGCCACCGGAGGAGGCGGUCCCACUGUGCGAUCGAGUGCAGCGCUCCCACAGAGAGACACUGGGAGGCGCUGAGAGCCAUGGGAAUGAUGGAGGCGGAGGACACUCAGAGAGACGGACUCAGCGCUGGGGCCUAUUACGGUCACAUGACCAUGUCACCUGACCUUUACUCCACCAACAGUCGCAUGAUGAUGUCGUCGGACAUGUAUCCUCCAAACGGCUUCCUGUCCAGACCGUCGAGCGACCAGCACCCGGGUCACAGCUACCUGCCCAGCGUCUCCUACAGUUUAGAUCACCUGGACAGACUGGAUUACCAGGGACACGAGAUGUCGCCCUACCAGCCAAACUCAGAGAGCUGUCUGAUCGGCUGCUACGACCAGGAGCCAAAACAUUUCUCCAGACAGUCUGACUAUCGCACUCCUUGGCGCUCAGAUCAUCCUCUAGCGUACCUUCCUCUCAGUGAGCUCGACAGCGGCCGAGGCUGUGGUUCUGACAGCCCUCACCACCAGGUGGCGCUCUCCGAGGCCGAGACAGACGCCAUGUCUUCGCUGCCGGGUCACACCGCGUCCUCCCAAGGCUCCUCCUCUUCCUCCGAGUCCCUCGUCUCGUCAGAACCCAGCGACUCGGGUUUCCACAGUGUCAGCACCGGCGAGCACAGGCGGCUGCACAAAAUCCACGGCCACCGGCAGCCCCACCACCUCCGCUCAGGCCACUCCCCCCGAGAGCAGAGAGGACGCUGGGACUUAGAGUCCAUCCCUGAAACCAUUCCGAUGACUCAUCCGGCAGCGGCGCAGGCCUCCCGCUGCACUGUGGGUAACAGCACGACCACCACGGUUCACUUCCACAGAGCGGAGCGGAGUCCCACACUACCUCGCCAACGCUCACCACCGUCCCCGUCCACAGGUUGUCGUACUGAGCCCUGCCAGAGGAGGGCGCUGUGGCUGGAACAGCAGCGAGGAGGAGGUGUGACCAUAGAAGCUCCAGGACGGAGUCGAACCAUCCAAGAUUUGAGUGACGCACAGCACCGCCGCAGAGCCAGUCACCCCAACAUGACUGAUCCAAAUGGUCUGAGGAACAAAGUCCAGAACCAGCAGCCAGGACCAGCCCGUAUCAGUCUGGGUCCAAGAUGCGGGGCCAGUUAUCCCACUAACUGUCACCUCAGCAUGGACAGAACCAGUCUGACAAAUCACCAAAACUCACCCAGAAACAGUCACGGAACCACUCGCAGCAGAGAGGACGACUCGCUCUCCAAGAGUCCAGGAUCGGGUUCCAGUGGAGUGUCGGACUGGCGAGGCUUCCAGACUCUUGGGAAUCGCACCAGCAACCACAAAGGGCCUCUUGUGCCUCUAUACAGCACACUUGGUGCUCCACAGCGAAGCUCGCACUCUCCGCCGUCUCCGCGUUGCAGACCGUCCAAUCAGAAGUCCGUCAGGAAUCAGCUGCUCAGAGCGCGAGCGUCGCGUCUGGCCCGCGAACGCAGCGAGGUCACCACGGACGAGGAAGUGCGAGGAGGUGGAGCCAGAGAACGGGAGGAGGAGGGAGAGGACGGACGACUGGCGGGGAGAUACUGGAGUCGGACGGAGAGGAGACGUCACAUGGCGUUGUCACGGCAACAGAGGGAGAGGAGAGGCGGCGAGGACCAGGGGGUCCAGGGUUCGCCGUCGUCUCAGACUCUGCUGGAGCUGAGCCACAUGAAGCAGAACCGGCUGAGGAACAGCAAGCUACUCGACGACUGGACCACGGUGGAGGAGCUGCUGACCCACGGGACACGAGUGGAGAGCGACAAUCAGCUGUGUCCCAGCCCGUUGCUAUCAGUUACCACCGUCUGAUCAAAGGACGUCCCACUCCGCUGACUAUUGACGGACUGAAACCCCGGGUGUGUCAGGUUACCGACCGAACCAGUCACUGAUGGAACUGAAACAUUCAAACACUUGCUAAAUACUGCACUUAUUCAUCAUUUAAACCAACCACCAGGACACACUUUUUCAAGACAACAAACCACCACAUAAACUGACUCAUUCACAGUCACAGCUGUAAAACCUAACAUUUAGAAUCGGCAAAAGAAAAAAUCUGGAGGUCCUGAUCCAGUGUUUGGGAACCACUGUUUUGAAAAAAGCAACAUAUCAUCAAAGAAAUACGUGAGAAAUCUGGAUUUCACUUUCACCGGCAAAGACGUAUUUUUAACCUCGUUCACGCGACGGGAUUUUCAGCCAAUCACCGAACGCCAGUCAACGGGAUUUUACUUUUAAGUUCACAAGCUUUUUCCAGGUUUCUAGCACAUAGUCCUGUCUAGCUAGGGACAGUGAGGACAGAGAACAGUGAGGAUAGAGAGGACAGAGAGGACAGUGAGGACAGAGGACAGUGUGCAGGUCUGUAAUCAGACAUUAAAGAGCUGAUGGGUUUCUUCACACCUCUGGAAACAUGUCUUCAUUUUUGUUUUUGUGUCUCCGAGUGAAAUCUGUGGAGAAACUCCGGCACCUUCUCUGAACCCUGGAUCAGUUUCUCCAAACUUUCACUCGUUUGUCGUGGAUGGUUCAGCGUCUUCAGACUCAGACUUUACAGGAGUGUAAAUAAGUAUGAAGAAGUCAUAAACCAGUUUAUUUUAAGAAAUAAUUUGAGAUUUUGAAUAAACGGUUUCACUGUCAGGUGACUGAAUGAGUGAGUGAGUGAAUGAGUGACAGGAUUGUCAGUUCCUAAAGUCUGGACUCAUGAACAUGAAUCGAUAACGUUAUAAAACAUUAAAACGUCUUUGCCAUGCAAAGUCCAUAAUAUAAUCAAACGUGUUGCACAUUUAAAACCCAAAAUAAAACCAAAUGUGAAACUUUAGCUUUCAAAACAGGAUUCUCUGGAUUUUUACCUUUAAAAAUGCGUCAAACGUAAUAAUCGCCAUCAUACUUUCAUGCAUCUUUGCGUUAGCGUGGGCGGAGUUUAUAGCGACAACAGACAAAGCAAACGUGGCUGCGUUGUUUCAUUUCUUUACAACUUGAAAUUCAUUUUUAGUAACCCACACGGCCCCCACAUGUUUACCGGUGGUACUGCACAAAUGUAAAUUAAAGAUAGCUGGUAGCACCAAUGCCCCUGUGAGAUGGUGACGCCCCCACGUCUUCAGGGCAGGACGAUAAUCGGACACCGCUAUACGAUACAUCACAAAACUCGAAACACAUAAUCUACAAUGUGUUUUUAAUGAUUUCACCAGUUUUGAGUUGGAUUCGAUCAACUCUGUAAAAGUAACAUAAAGAAACUAUAAAUCAGUUUGUUUUUUUGUGGCGUAACAUCAGAAUUCGCUACAACUUUGCUGCCCCCUAGCAGCCACACAGGAUUUCAUUUAUUUUAAAACUUUUUUGUGUUUCCCAACCCGAUGUACAAGUUUAUGUACGUGAAACCUGCUGCCAGAUAGCAUAAUGUACGUUUUUCAGGUCUGGUUUUUGCCCCUCCCAUUUCCAAUUUACCACACCCAUUCACUGAACAACUUUCACGCGACUGUACAUUUACACCACGACUCAAGCGUCAUAACAUUUAGCAUUAAAAGCUCAUUUCUUUAUUUAUUUUUAUUUUUGCAAAAUGUAAAACUAUUUAUUU